AUGGCUUCUAGUUCUUCAACCCCUCCCUGCAACUAUGAUGUUUUUAUUAGUUUUAGAGGCAAAGAUAUUAGAGAGGGUUUUCUCUCCCAUCUCUUUGAUGCUUUGCAGCGAAAACAAAUCAAUGCCUUCUUGGAUGAAAACCUUUGUAAAGGAGAAGAUAUCUCACCUGCUCUUUUGGAAACAAUUGAAGGUUCUUAUGUCUCAAUAGUAGUUUUCUCUCAAAAUUUUGCAGAUUCUCCAUGGUGCUUCGAUGAGCUUGUGAAGAUACUUAAAUGCAAAGGAACUUUAGGACAAAUAGUCCUACCAAUUUUUUACCAUGUAGAUCCAACUGACGUUCAAGAUCUCACAGGGAAUUUUGGGAAGGCAUUUGCUGUGGCAAAGCAUGGAGAAGAACUCAAAGGCUGUUUAGACAAGGUGGAAGAAUGGCGCCAUGCUUUGAUGGAAAUAAGCAAUUUAUCAGGAUGGGAUUCACGGAAUUUCAAGUCUGAAUACAAACUAGUUGAGGAAAUAGCCAAUAAUGUUUUGGAGAAAUUAAGUCUCAUCUCUUCAAGUGAUUCUUACAAUGACAAUUUAGUUGGAAUUGAUUCACGUGUGAAGAAAGUGGAAUCCUUGUUAGGUAUUGAAUCAAUAAAUGAUAAAAGGGUCAUAGGAAUUUGGGGAAUUGGAGGUAUUGGCAAGACAACUAUUGCUAGUGAAGUAUUUAAUCGACAUAUGGCUAAAUUUGAUAGUCACUAUUUUGUUGAUAAUGUCAGAGAGGAGAUGAGAAAACAGGGAUCAAUUGUUUUACGGAAUGAAGGACCAAUUGUUUUACGGAAUGAAAUCAUUCAUCAAUUAUUAGAAGGAAAAAAUUUACACAUAAAUACACUUCAGUUACCUGCUUUCAUUAGGAGAAGACUUCAGAGUAAAAAGGUUGUCAUUGUUUUUGAUGAUAUGGAUGAUCCAAACCAUUUAAAACUUUUAGCAGGAGAGUGUGUUUUGCACCAUAAUGGAAGUAGAAUCAUUGUAACUAGUAGAGAUAGGCAAGUGCUUAAGAAUGUUUGUACUGAGGGAUAUAUAUAUGAGGUUGAAAAAUUAAUUGAUAAUGAAGCUCUUUGUCUCUUUAGCUUGUAUGCCUUCAAACAAAAUCAUCCCAAGAAAGGAUAUGAGAAUAUAUCGGAGGAGGUGAUAAGAUAUGCUCAAGGCAUUCCAUUGGCUCUUAGAAUUUUAGGCUCUGAUUUGUAUGACAAGGAGAUUGAAGAAUGGGAAAGUGAGUUGAAAAAAUUGAAUGAAAUUCCUAAUAAGGAUAUUCAAGCAGUUUUGAGAAGAAGUUAUGACAACCUAGAGCGUCAUGAAAAGAGCACAUUUCUUGAUAUUGCAUGUUUUCUUAAAGGGGAGCCUAAAGAUCAUGUUGAGAGAAUAUUAGAAGGUUGUAAUUUCUUUCCAAGAAGAGCAAUAAGUCGUCUAAUUGAUAAAUAUCUUGUAACUAUUUCAUACGGUUACCGUGUAAAUAUGCAUGACUUGCUACAACAAAUGGGCAAGGAUAUUGUUUAUGAGGAAUCCAAACAGCUCGGAGCAGGCAGCAGGCUGUGGAAAUAUAAGGAUAUUUGUGAUGUAUUGAGAACAGAUACAGGAACUGAAAAUGUUGAAGGCAUAUUACUUGACAUGUCUGGGAAUGGAUAUUUGGAUCUAAGUUCCACAGCCUUCAUCAAGAUGCGCAAGCUUAGAUUCCUCAAAUUCUUCUAUGCUCCUUAUUCCAGAGAAGGCCAAGUGCUGCUUCCUAGAGGCCUUGAAUUUCUACCAGAAGAGCUAAGAUAUCUUCACUGGGAAAUAUUCCCCUUGAAAUCCUUGCCAUUAAAUUUUUGCCCAAAAAACCUUGUAGAACUUCACAUGCCUCGCAGCAACCUCCGACAACUUUGGAAUCGAGAUAAGGAUCUUGGAAAUCUGAAAUUUUUAGACCUCAGCUACUCUUUGGAGCUGACCGGAGUUCCAGACUUGUCUAGCAUCCCAAAUCUUGAGGAGCAUUGGCGAGUUGAAAUUUCUAAAAAACGUUUCUCUCAGUGA